AUGCUGGACUCAUGGCUGUGGGUCCUUGCCUUCCACGGUCUGGGCCUCGUCCUCAUCGGCCUCAUCUUCCACCUGUUUGAGCAGCGCAAGGCCAUGCGCGGCGCCAACAGGCAGCGCAUGCCCGCAUGGAUCGAACGUAUGCUACGGGCACUCUUCCUGCUGCUCCUCACAGGGCCCACAGUGGUCCAUAUGGACACGGCCGUCCUCCCGCUGCCGCUCCUCUCGCCGCUGGUCAUCGCGUACGGCUUCAGCUAUUGCGAUCUGUCCGAGCAGAACGGUGGAAAGGAGAACCUGGUUGUCCGCCGCUGGGGGCUGUGGCAGUAUGUCCUCGACUACUUCUCGCUGCGCCUGGUCAAGACCGUCGACCUCGAUCCGCACUGUCAGUACGUCUUUGGCAUCCAUCCGCACUCGAUCCUCCCCUUUGGCGCCAUCAUCGGCCUCGGCAUCAACCUCGAGUCUCUCUUUCCGGCAGUCUCCUACCGCGUCCUUGCCGCAACUUUUGUCUUCUACGUCCCCAUCUACCGCGACAUCUGCCUCUGGGGCGGCAUCGUCGACGCCGCGCGAUACUCCGCUCUCCGCGUCCUCCGCUCUGGCAAGUCCGUCGCCCUCGUCCCCGGUGGCGCCACAGAAGCCCUCCACACAGAUCCCGACCGCGACGUCGUCGUCCUCCGCAAGCGCCGCGGCUUCAUCAAGCUCGCACUCGAGCACGGCGCCUCGCUCGUCCCGGUCUUCUCUUUCAACGAGUGCAACACGUACUCAGUUCUCAAGGCCGAUGCCCCGCUCAUCCGCUCCAUCGCUGCAAAGUUCCAGCGGAUGACCGGCCUCUCGCUCCCGCUCAUCACAAACAUCUGGCCGCGCAAGUCCAACAUCACCGUCGUCUUUGGCAAGCCCAUCCCUUACCUCGAAGCCUACAUCACCGGCCUCGAGGAGCUCUACACCGAGAACGCCGCAACAUACAACAACCCGCCCACCAAGCCACCGCUCGAGAUCCUCUGA